AUGCCCUGCGCAGAGGCCGCGGUGGUGUCCUGGCACGAGUGGUCGCAGUAUGCUCCAGUAUUUGGGCUGCGAUGGUACGUUACGCUCGUCGCACUCUUCUGGAAUGCUACCCAAGCAAGCGACACACCCAAGAAGCAGGAUGGCUCCCUGGCCCAGCAGAUCCGCCGAGCGGCGGCCGCGGCAGAAGCCGAGGAUCUCGAGGAGCUCCGGAGGGGCCUCCGAAGCGACGUGCUGGGUGCUCGGAGGCUCUUCGAAGAGCAGCAGCAAGCCGAGGCCCGGCGCCAUGAAGAGGAAGCCGAGCUGCGAAUUUGCGUCGCCCGCUGCCGUGAUGAAGCGGCUGCAGCCUGCGCCGAUGCCAAGGAGCAUUGGCUUCGCUUCGAAGCGGCCCAGGAGGCCAUGGCCUGCGGCUACCGAGAAGGAGACCGAAAGCUCGGUGCCGAGCUGGUGGUGAAGAUGUCGGAGCUCAAUGCCAAGUUGGGUGAAAACAUGGCAGCCCUCGAAGCGGAGGUUACUCGAAACGUGCAGCUGCAGAUGUCCUCCUUGCGCGAGGAGUUGGAGCGAAGAUCGCGCCCCGGUCUCGCCGAGGAGCUGGAGACAAAGUGCUCUAGCCUUUUGAAGCAGGCCGAGGCAUCUUUGGGCGCGACCUUGGCGGAGGCAACCGAAGUCUCCCGAAAGUCGUUCAGGACAGCGCGGAAAGAGCACGAGGCGUUCGUGCAAAAGCGGCAGAAGCAGUUCCACGGAUGGGUGCAGGAGUGCCAGGAGCAGCUGCGUGAGACGCGGGCGCACUGCGACGGCUUGACUGCUUCGGCUCUGUCGAAGGUGGAGGCGUUGCAGGAGCAGGAGCAGCGGCGCUGGAGCGGCGAGCUUGACUGCCGACUCGGGCGCUGCGAAGGCGAGUGCCAGGCACUGCUCAGCGAUGCGCGGCAGCACCUGCAGGCUUCGGAAGAGACUCUCAAAGAGUGGCGCAGCCGGGGCGAAGCGCUUGAGCACGACCAGCGUGCCGGCAUCGCAGAGCUGCGAGAACGUCUGGAGAAGGUGGACGAGACGGUCACUGCCAACGAGAAGGGGCUGCAGUCCCAAAGGGUGCUCAUCGAGCAGCUGACAGCGGACUUUCAGACGCUUCAAGAUCGCCUGGUCGUUGUUGAGGGAGCUGUUUCCAAGCAGUCGACCACUGUGCAGAGCCUGCGGCACAAGCUGCACUCAGUGAAGGAAGGCAGCUGCACGCAGCUGAAGGAGCUUCAGCAGCAGAUCACUGCCGAGGUGUCGGAGGCGCGACGGAUGCAGGCAGAGGGGGAAGCCACGCAAGCGGCGGCCAUGGAAGAGAAGCAGCAGGCACUCCCCGGACAGAAAGAGUCCAGGGGUCGGCUUGCUUUGGAGUACUUCUCAGAGGGCAAGGGCACUUUGCUAGGAGAUGGGGAGGUGAGCCAUUAUGGCUCCACUCCUCUGCCGCAGAAGGGGAGGUCGCUGGGGACCGGGACGAUCUUUGCAUGCUUCUUGGGCGUAGCCUCGUGCUUGGGGGAGGCAGAAGCUAGCUCACAGGAAGCUUGCCAAAAAGGUCUCGGAACACUCUCAUUAGCAUGGCUGGCCAUGAUGGAGCUGGCUUUGGACCUUCACCUGUGGUUGAAUAGUAUUGUCACAGGUACCACGAGCCUCUUGGCAGACGGAAUUUCAGCGUUUCAGGCUUCUGAGUCCUGUCCGUUAUCGAAGCGCUUCGAGGGCAAGACCCUGCACGAUGCGGUCCCAAUGGUAACGGUGUUGAUGAUGAUGGGCAUCCUCUACUUUGUCUUCUUCUUGUGCUGCCUUCGUAGCGAUCCUGCUUGCAAUCUUAGCACGCAGAUGUGCUACCUCUUCCAUGCUUCCUUCCUGAUGGCCCUAGUGUCUUACCAUCAAGCAGUCGUUACAGAUCCGGGUAGAGUUCCGGAAUCCUGGCGUGAGGGGCCAGGGACCCGAGAACGGGUUGCCUGCAUGAUCUUGGAGCGGAAGAAAUCCACCGGCGAGAUGCGCUUUUGCAGCAAGGAGAUGAAGUACAAGCCAGACAGAGCACACUUUUGUUCCAACAUGCAGCGGAACGUGCUUCGCAUGGAUCACUAUUGCCCAUGGAUGGGCAAUUGCAUUGGGUUUGCGAACUACAAGUACUUCCUGCUGUUCCUGUUUUACACAGUCAUCGCUACCGACGCGGUCUUCGGGUUUGCCGUGGCAGCCAUUUGGGCGGGCGCGUUGGUACCUGGGACCGCAGCCUUCGUCUUGGAAGCUUGGAGAUGGUACUGCUCGCGCAAUUGCCAGGAGAAGGACUGGAAGCUCGGCCACAAGGGCGACUGUGGCUUAGCAGUUGGGGGCCUCUUUGUCUUCGUGGAAGUUCAGGGCGAAAGCUGA